AAACAUCCCAAAGCCUGGGGCUGAGAAACAGGGAGGUCGCUUGUCACGGCUGUGUUUUUCAUACGGAUAACUUACCUUUUGUGUUCAGUGAUGCAAGAGGUCCCUCCCUGGAAUUUCCUUUCCUCCUUUCCUCUUUCCCUGGGAGAGGAGAUGGGUCUGCACCUUGUUUCUGGAAACAGACCUUCAAAACAAGGCCUUCAUUUCAGAAAAAUGAAUUCAUGUAUGCCAAGGAACUGCAAAAAAAUGCCCAAACAUACAGAAAAACUCUCCCUGUCAUUAUCUCAACUCAUGAGCCCUUCAUUAUAUUUUCUCUCCCCUGUCCAGAUGUGGAGGAGAGUAACAGAGCAGCUUUGGUAGACACUAUGUCCAGCCAAGGUCAACCCACCACAGAAGAAUAUCUGAUUUCUUACAAUUCUAAGCAGAUCACAUUUUUUUUAGCACACAGAGUAAGAAUCAGGACAAUGAAAUUAAAGGGCACACUUGUCACAGUUUAUGGAUUCCAUGUGUGUGCAGUGUUUACAGAUUGUCCAAAUUACUGAUGCUAUCAGCCUCUUAGAGCUGCUCUAAGCAGUGGAAGAUGCUGUUCAGGCUCAGAAUGGCCUGGAUGAACUGCAGAAAUGGUCUGGAUGAAGGAAGAAAUAACUUACUGGGUGUGAGUGCAAAGGGCUAUAGUGAGGCAGGAAUACCCAGCUCUACAAUUACAGACAGGGCAGGGUCAGCUCACUCAGUAUAUGUUCAUAGACAAUAGAGUAGGGGGUUGUUUAGGUACAAUUUAUCUCAAUUUGUCAUAAGGUCCUGUGGAAAAAAAAAAAAAGAUGCCAUCCUGGGACAUCUAAACAGACACAUAGCCUGCAGGAUGUGGGAAGCAGCAUUCCUGUUACCCUCUCUAUAGUAAGGCUGCAGAAGGAAUACUGUGUCCAGUUUUGGGCAUUGUAUCAAGAAGGCUGUUGGAGCUACAGCCCCAUUAAUGGGGCCUCAGCUGCCCUAAUCAGUUUUGACCUUGUCUCCAACCCUGUGUCAGGCCCUGCCUCCUGUUCCUCCUGAAGAAGGAGACCCUGACCAGUCACCCCACUUUGGGGCUCUGUGGGCACCCUGCAGGCAGCACCAGCUCUGCCCAUCUUACAGGGAUACUGUGGGACUGUGGCUGGCUACUGAGCACACCCUCAGCCUCGCUCCAAGCCUUGUGCUGGAAGAAGAGACAGAAACAUGAGGGCUAUGGAAAGGCUGAAUAAGUGGUGCUUGUUUGAACAAAAGCACAAAAGGCUAUAAUUUGGUUACAUUCUUAGCAUCUAUAAAAUACUGUGACAGUUUUCCACAUCCAGGGAUGUGGAGAAGGAAAAAUACAGUGAGUUACAUGUGUGGCAAUUAAGGCUUUGUUGAAACAUUAGGGGAAAGCUGGUGGUAGGGGUAAUGCUCCUCAGCCUGGAUUUGGCAUGCUAUUAUUAUGUUGCUGUGGGUAGCUAGAAUCCUCAGGUUGGUUCUGGUCUUUCAUUCAGUUAAACUUUUUACUGAAGUUAAGGCCCAAAUUAACCAAAUAUGAUGCAUAUAUGCAUAGUUCUGUGCCCCACUAACGGUUGCUUUCCUUCCAUGAUACAGCUGAAGAAGGUGAUUAAACUUGACAAACACAGGUGGGAAUGUUUGAACCCAUUUAACUUCAUGAGAUUAUACAAAUGCAGGCUCUUAAACUUUGCCAUGUGAGUAGAAUUGCUGUGCUUUGUUUAAUUUUAACUAGAAAUAAGGAAUCUUAAAAUACCUGAAACACUAAGAGUGCUUCUGUGUUGUAAAUACAGUUUGUUAGAGCCAAGAACAAGAAAGGAGAUUGUCCUGUAAGAAUAGCCUCUUUUGUUUGCCAGACUUUGAAAUAAUUGGGAUGUAAUUUUGAACUUCCUUACCCACACUUAGUUCUGUAAUACACUGAAUUGGGAUAUCCAAUCCAAAUAAUAUUUUAACUUUCAAUUGUUACCUGAGAUCAGAUUUCCAACUGUGAGGUAAAAUAACUUUCUUCUUUUUGCAGGUGCAUAAAAAUGAAUUGUUUUGAAUUUUUAUCUAUUCUAAUUGCUCUUUUAUAGAGACCUAAAUAGAAAACUACUUUUGUUUCCAGGAAAGAACUGCUUAUGAUACAAAGUUACAAGUUUUCUGUGCAAGUCAGGGAGCCAUUGAGCUGUUCUGGAGAUGCUUCUCUGAACAUACAUCAGUAAUAUCAGUGCCCAAAGGAAGGAAAGGGAGUGGAGAACUGACACCAGUUUUCUUUAAGAAAAGAUAAUUAAACAAUAAGAGUGCUAUUCAUCUUUUAAAAGCAGUUUACUUCCAUGUGUCUUUCUUUGGGGGCUGCUGAAAAGGUCCAGAAAUCCCAUAUCUACAAAACCAAAUAAAAAACCUCAAACGAGUCCCCUCACUCCUUUACACCAUUUCUUGACAUAUUGUCCCUCCAUCUGGAGGCAGUUAAAGCCCUGUCUGGGACAUUGCUGCAAGCUCUCAUCUCUUUUGGAACUACUUUCAGUGGGAAAAAAAAUAAGAAAAGAACAGGAAGUUUAAGGACAUGAAAAAGUCAAGAUUGCUGUGACCUUGAUAACUGUUCAUAUUCCCUGGUUUGCAGAGACAUCUAAGUGAUGGUUUGUGUGAAGACAGACACAGUCAUUUUUCUCUUCAAGGGCAUGACACAGUGGAACACAUCACCAAUUGAGUAAGAGCACAGGCACUUAGUUAACACCCAGACCAUUGUUCUGGAUAUACUAGAACCCAUAGGAUAGGAGUCUACAGAACAAGUGAAAUUUGGAGAAAAUGGCCUGUGAAUUUAAUUUGAACUUCCUUAAGGAAUUGGAGCGAGAGGCUGUUUUGGAAGUCUUGUACCGUGAUGAGAUGGUGAGAAAAACAGAAGAGGAAAGAAUAAGGAAACUGAAACUGCAUCUACAGCAGCUUCGGUGGAAAGGGGCAAAAAAUGUAAGCCAUGAAUAUCAGGAGAGAUCUUGUGCUCGCUGUCAGAAAUCUCUCGGGUUGUUGCUGAACAGAGGGGCAGUAUGCAAUGGCUGCAGUCAUCGAGUAUGCUCUGAAUGCCGUGUCUGCCUGAAUCCCUGCCUUUGGAAAUGCACCAUUUGUUACGCUCAUGGAGAUGUUAAAGUAAAGGCUGGUGAAUGGUUCUUUGAGGAACGAGCAAAGAAAUAUCCAGGUGAAGGCAGACAUGAAACAGUUGGUGCAAAGCUCUUGAAAUCUUAUCAGAAACUGAGUAAAAUUUCUGUCGUACCUCCAACUCCACCUCCUUUCACAGAAUCAACAGCAGGAAUCAAUGUGAUGGUAAAUGAACUUGGAGAGUCUAAAAGGUUUAAUAAAUCUGUGGAAAACUUGUUUUUGUCUCUCACAACACACAUAAAAAAAAUCUCAAAGUCUCAGAAUGAUAUGACUGACAGAUGUGUCCUAACCACAGACUUUGGGAAGAAUGUGGAAAGAAGGUGGCAAAGAAGGAGCCAGUCUGACACUGCCAUCAACAUUACAAGCAAGAUGAAAAGUACACCCAGUCUGCAACAGCUCAUCACUGGGACCCAAAAUGACAGUGAAAUUCUGACAAAAAGUAGUUGCAAGGAGGAAGAAGACAUAACAACCAGUUCCACAAGUGAUACAGUUUUCUGUGAUGGCAGAAAACAUGGAAGUUUGUUUAGUCUUAACAGCACUUGCACUGAAUCUGGCAAUUUUGGCAAAGCUAAUGUCACAGGAGAAAUAGAGUUUGCCUUAAGAUACAUCUUCAGAGCUUACAUCUUGGAAAUUUGCAUCAGGGGAUGCAAGAACCUGGCUUACGGAGAAGAGAAGAAGAAAAAGUGUAACCCGUAUGUUAAGGUUUAUUUACUUCCUGAUAAAUCUCCUUGGAGUAAGCGAAAGACAGCUGUCAAAAAGAGCACAGUGGAUCCAGAGUUCAAUGAGACUUUGAAGUACAAGAUUGAAUACUCCCAGCUGCGAACUCGGCAACUUCAGAUCUCUGUGUGGCAUGCGGGAGCACUCAAAUACAGGGUGUUUUUGGGGGAAGUAGUGAUUCCACUGGCAGCAUGGAAUUUUGAAGAGGACUCAAUGCAGUUAUUUGACUGGUAUCAACUCAAACCCAAGCUUGAAAAGCCUGAAGAUGAUCUUACCCAGUACAGCGGUGAGCUCCUCUUGUCUGCAAGACUCUUGGUACCAGCCCAGUAUAAAAAUUUCCAGUUUGAAGGAAACAAAGACCAAGGAGUUCCCAACUGCCAGCUUCAGAUUAUGAUAUUUGGGGCUAAGAACUUGCCCAUGCUGAGACCUGCUGGAGUGUUGAAUUCCUUUGUUAAAGGUUGUCUUAUCCUUCCAAACCAAGCAGAGGUAAGGCAAAAGUCUCCUGUCCUGAAGAAAGAAGCCUAUCCUCAGUGGAAACACUUGUUUGUCUUUGAUGGUGUGACCCCAGCUCAGCUACAGCAAUCAUGUCUACACUUGACUGUCUGGGACAAGUCAACUUUCAGCUCAAGUGAUCGAUUCCUAGGAGGAGCCAAGCUCGGUACAAAGGAACUGUUUGGCUCUACAGACCUUGUUUCUCAGUCAGUGCUCCAAUGGCAAGAAGUGCUCUGCAACCCAAACGUGUGGAUGGACUUUACACUUGUACUGCAUUCAAAUAAGGAAAACUUUAAAUCAUGAGAAAUUAUCACACAACUUUUCCUUCCCCAUUUGUGAUAUUUUAAACUUCCCCAGACUUCGGGUCUGGGGAAAGGUAUGAUGCAAAUGCAUCCACUCUGGCUUUUGGGGAAUAGACUUAUGUAUUUGAAAGUGUGUGACAUUCUGAAUGUUUUAUUUCUUAAAAAGUAAAGGCUUUAACUUGUGUCUCUAGUUGGAGUAUAAGGUUAAUACUGUUUCUUCAGGAGUUACAGUCUCAGUUUGAGGUGCAUUAUGCUGACAAAGUAACAGUAGCCAGACAAUACGCAGUUUUCCAUUUCUGGGCAUAGCCAAACUCUCAUUGUUUAGUCACAGCUAGGAAUACUUCUCAGAGAAAAUAACUGUUACAGGAGGAAAGUUAUGUGCUUUCACUCUGAGGUUAAUGUUUUAUACACAGAACUGAAAACUAGCUUAUCUUUGCUUGCUGCAAAGGGGAGAUGCUAAUAAGUCUGCUUCAGAAUUAUCUACACUGCCACUAUUAUUUCACAUGCCACUAAAAAGCAUUGGCCUGUAGCCACAUCUCUCUAAUGUGUGCUGCAUCAUGAGGCUUAGAAAGUUAAGGUACAAAUUCUCCCUCAGUAGGAGUAUGGGACAACAGCUGAUAGACUAAGUGUGGGUGUAAUAAGUUCCUUCUCAUCUGUCGCUGUAAGACAGCUUUAACACGUCUGAUCCAUAGGGCGUACAGCACGUGACAAGAAUUUAGCUCACUUUAUCAUUUAUUCAUGUGUGCUGGUGGAAAUGCAAGCUUAGGUCAAACUACUGUGGCAAUUUGCCUUGUCUCGGAUGUAGUGUUACAGUCAGCAGAAACUUCAUAUAUACAACUGUAACUAGUGCUGCUGUGUUAUACUUUUGUUACUGCAAGUAACUGACCUUUAUAGGUCAGUGUGGCUUUUAAGGAUUUACGAUUUAAAGACACAAGGACUAACAGGCUAAGCUGAGGAA